AUACUCGAAACCUUUUGCUUGCUCUCAAUCUUUUAUCCUCUGCCUUCCUCUCCUGGCGAAACCCUAGGAUCUCUGGAGGGAGGUGGUUCCGAUGGCGGAGGAGGCGGAUGUCCAGGAAGCUCAGGUGGAGGAGAAGCCCCAUGUCGAUGGGGCUGACGGCGGAGCUGAGGAUGCUGAGAAACGGGCGAGCGCCGAUCCCGAGCCGCCGGAAGCUGCGAAGGGAGGAACCUCUGGAACCGAGACGAAGGCCGUCGCCAACGAGAGGUCGUUUUCGCAGCUCCUGGCGGGUGCCAUGGCUUCGCCGACGGGGAGCUCCUGCCCACCGACGAUCCUGACCGUCCCUGUGGUCGCCGUUCCCUGCUUGUUGACUCCCGCCGCGUUGAUCGAGUCUCCUACAUUCACGGGGCAAUUCGCAAUGACCCAUCAAGCAGUAUUGGCCGCCGUCACUGCUCAGGCACAGUUGCAAAUGCAAGUUGUCUAUCCUUCUCCAUCAGAAACAAAAACAAAGUCAUUUCCACAACCUAUUUCUCCAACUGUCAGCCCUGUGCCACUGCAACAAAUAUCUCCAACGCCUGAGGCAUACUCAGAUGAUGCAUACCACUGGCGAAAGUAUGGCCAGAAGCAAGUGAAGAACACCCAAAAUUCUCGAAGCUAUUACAGAUGUGCAGCCUCCAAUUGUGCUGCUAAGAAAAAAGUUGAGCGCUGUCCAGAUGGAAAGAUUAAUGAAGUAAUCUACAGAGGGAAACAUAAUCAUGAUCCACCUCAAAAGUAUCGGUACACAAGGGAGAAAGGAUCUCAGUCUGGGGGACCUCCUGGGGAGAAUGAGACUUUAGACCAUCCGAGCAAUGAACCAAAUGAAUCAGAUUCUUCAACAUGUAAGACUACAGUCCAUCCUGGCACUGACCCUCGUGAGCAACAGUUGUACUGCUCAAGUGACUGUGAAAAGGACAUUGGCAUUACAACCAAGAAAGACCUCACUGAAGAACCAGAUCCGAAAAAAAGGCUAACUGAAAGUUGUAAAAGCCCCUCGACUCCCGUGCCUAAAACAGUUAGGGAAUAUAUUGUACAAACUGAAAUUGAUGCUAGACAUUUAAGUGAUGGCUAUAGAUGGAGGAAAUAUGGACAAAAAAUGGUGAAGGGCAACACUAAUCCUAGGAGUUACUACAGGUGCACUCACGAUGGGUGUCCUGUUCGUAAGCAUGUCGAGAAGUCAUCCCAUGAUGCAAAAGCUCUUCUUAUUACUUAUGAGGGUAAGCACAAUCAUGACCAGCCAACUCCCAGAUAUGCCAAUGAUCAACAAACUGCUGAGGGUCCUGAAUCUGCAACUGAUAAGGAACUUGUUACAUCUAGUUCACACAUGAACUCCUCCAGUUCGGCUAAUGAAGUCAAAGAAUUAUCUACAUCAGAACUUGGAGGUGACAAGGCACUGAAAUCUGCUGAGUCUCUCACAAUCACAAAGGAUGCCAAUGGAAGGGCUAACCCUGAUGGUGUGGUAACCCCUCUUAUUGACAAAAAGCCAACAGAAGUUUCAGUAGAAAAUACAUGAAUUGACUUGUUUGUCAAUUUUUGGUAUGUGUUGUAGUUUAUUUGUCUUGUGACAGAUCCGAUUGUUGUAUUAGCAUCUGUAUAGUCUUUACUGGUGUAGCUGAUGUGGGCUCACAAACAGUUCAAUAUAGUAACCUUGUUUUAAAAGGAUCAUUACUAAUUUCAGAAA